GCGGGCCUCCCGAACCUUCCCCACCUCCUGGGCCCAAGGGACGCGGGCUCGAGCGGGAGAGCAGGGGUGAGGGAGCAGCCCCCGUCUGCGCCCCCUCUGCUCCCCCCGAGCCCCUUUACACCGGGCUGGGCAGUGCGGCCUGAAGUGCCCGCGAUGGCGAGCCCGCCACUGCACGGACCCCCCGGGCCGGCGGGCGGGGACGGCCCCAACCUCAACAACAACAACAACAACAACAACCACAGCGUGCGCAAGUGCGGCUACCUGCGCAAGCAGAAGCAUGGCCACAAGCGCUUCUUCGUGCUGCGCGGGCCCGGCGCAAGCAGCGAGGAGGCGACAGCGGGCGGGGGUCCGGCACCACAGCCUCCACGGCUUGAGUACUAUGAGAGCGAGAAGAAGUGGCGGAGCAAGGCGGGCGCCCCGAAGCGGGUCAUCUCGCUUGACUGCUGCCUGAACAUCAACAAGCGCGCCGACGCCAAGCACAAGUACCUGAUCGCCCUCUACACCAAGGACGAGUACUUCGCAGUGGCAGCCGAGAACGAGCAGGAGCAGGAGGGCUGGUACCGCGCGCUCACCGACCUGGUCAGUGAGGGCCGCGCCAGUGCUGGCGACUCGGCCCCCGCUGCCGUCACCGCUGGGUCCUGCAGUGCCUCUUUGCCUGGCGCCCUGGGCGGCUCUGCCGGCGCUGAUGACAGCUACGGACUGAUGGCGCCUGCCACAGCUGCCUACCGCGAGGUGUGGCAGGUGAACCUGAAGCCCAAGGGCCUGGGCCAGAGCAAAAACCUGACAGGCGUGUACCGCUUGUGCCUGUCCGCGCGCACCAUCGGCUUCGUGAAACUGAACUGUGAGCAGCCGUCGGUGACGCUGCAGCUCAUGAACAUCCGCCGCUGCGGCCACUCGGACAGCUUCUUCUUCAUUGAGGUGGGCCGCUCCGCUGUCACCGGCCCUGGCGAGUUGUGGAUGCAGGCCGACGACUCAGUGGUGGCCCAGAAUAUCCACGAGACUAUCCUGGAGGCCAUGAAGGCGCUCAAGGAGCUCUUCGAGUUCCGGCCGCGCAGCAAGAGCCAGUCGUCGGGCUCGUCGGCCACGCACCCCAUCAGCGUCCCCGGCACUCGCCGCCACCACCACCUGGUCAACCUGCCCCCCAGCCAGACUGGCCUGGUGCGUCGCUCGCGCACCGACAGCCUGGCUGCCACCCCGCCGGCCACCAAGUGCAGCUCAUGCCGGGUGCGCACGGCCAGCGAGGGCGAUGGCGGCGCAGCGGCGGGCAAUGGGGCAGCGGGCGGCAGGCCCAUGUCGGUGGCUGGGAGCCCCUUGAGCCCGGGGCCGGUGCGCGCGCCUCUGAGCCGCUCGCACACAUUGAGCGCGGGCUGCGGCAGCCGGGCCAGCAAGGUGACGCUGGCGCCGGCAGGGGGCGCCCUGCAACACAGCCGCUCCAUGUCCAUGCCUGUGGCGCACUCGCCCCCAGCAGCCACCAGUCCAGGCAGCCUGUCGUCCAGCAGCGGGCAUGGCUCGGGCUCCUACCCGCCGCCUCCAGGCCCGCACCCACACCUGCAGCAUCCCCUGCACCACCACACGGGCCAGCGGCCCUCCAGUGGCAGCGCCUCAGCUUCUGGCUCCCCCAGCGAUCCUGGCUUCAUGUCCUUGGAUGAGUACGGCUCCAGCCCUGGGGACCUGAGAGCCUUCUGCAGCCACAGGAGCAACACACCUGAGUCCAUCGCCGAGACACCCCCGGCCAGGGAUGGGAGUGGGAGUGAGCUAUACGGGUACAUGACCAUGGACAGGCCUCUGAGCCACUGUGGCCGCCCCUACCGUCGAGUCUCAGGAGAUGGAGCCCAGGACUUGGACAAGGGGCUGAGGAAGAGGACUUACUCCCUGACCACACCUGCCCGGCAGCGGCCGGUGCCCCAGCCCUCCUCUGCGUCCCUGGAUGAAUACACCCUGAUGCGGGCCACCUUUUCUGGCAGCUCGGGCCGCCUCUGCCCAUCGUGCCCCACGUCCUCUCCCAAAGUGGCCUACCACCCGUACCCUGAGGACUAUGGCGACAUUGAGAUUGGGUCCCAUAGGAGCUCCAGCAGUAACCUGGGCACGGACGAUGGUUACAUGCCCAUGACCCCUGGUGUGGCCCUCAUGGGUGGUGGCAGUGGCAGCUGCAAGAGUGAUGACUACAUGCCUAUGAGCCCUACCAGCGUGUCUGCCCCGAAGCAGAUCUUGCAGCCACGCGUUGCUGCUGCAGCAGCCUUGCCCUCCACUGGACCUGCAGUGCCGGCACCCACCAAUGUGGCCAACAGGGCCUUUCCAGUGAAUGGGGCCAGCUAUAAAGCUAGUUCCCCGGCGGAAAGCUCCCCAGAGGACAGUGGAUACAUGCGCAUGUGGUGUGGUCCCAAGCUGCCCUUGGAGAGCACCGACAGCAAGCUGCUUCCCAACGGGGACUACCUCAACAUGUCCCCCAGCGACGCAGGCACCUCGGGAACCCCACCCGACUUUUUCUCAGCAGCCUUGCAUGGUGGUGGAGAGGUGCUCAGGAGCGUCCCCGGCUACUGCUACAGCUCCUUGCCCCGCUCCUACAAGGCACCCUACACCUGCAAUGGGGACAAUGACCAGUAUGUGCUCAUGAGCUCCCCCGUGGGGCGCAUUCUGGAAGAGGAGAGGCUGGAGACUCAGGCCAAUGUGGGGACCACACAGUCAGCCAGAGCUGGGGUGGGUGGGGGCGGCCACACCCAGUCUCCUCACUCUGUAGUGCCUUCACCGGGGAGGCAGAGUGGCAGCGGCAGUAGCCGCCCAGAGGGCUUCCUGAACCAGCGCUGCCGGGCAGUGAGGCCCACGCGCCUGUCUUUAGAGGGGCUUCAGACCCUGCCCAGCAUGCACGAGUAUCCUUUGCCGCCUGAGCCCAAGAGCCCAGGCGAGUACAUCAAUAUUGACUUCGGCGAGGCUGGAACGCGCUUGUCGCCACCCGCCCCUCCGCUGCUGGCUUCAGCAGCCUCAUCCUCCUCGCUGCUGUCUGCCAGCAGCCCAGCCUCCUCCCUGGGCUCGGGCACCCCGGGCACGAGCAGCGACAGCCGGCAGCGCUCCCCGCUCUCUGACUACAUGAACCUCGACUUCAAUUCGCCCAAGUCACCUAAGCCUGGUGGUACUCAGAGCAGGGACCGGGUAGGCUCCUUGGAUACCCUCCUGUCCCCGGAGGCCUCCUCCCGGUACCCGCCACUGCCCCCACGCCCUGCUGCCCCCUCCAGUUCGCAGCUGCAACCACCUCCCCCACCCCCCCCAGGGGAGCUGUACCGCCUGCCUCCCGCAUCCACAUCCCAGGGCCCCAUCGCUGCCUCCUCUUCGUCCUCGGAGACUGGGGACAAUGGUGACUACACCGAGAUGGCCUUUGGCGUGGCUGCCACCCCGCCACAACCCAUCGUGGCCCCCCCAAAGCCAGAAGGUGCCCGCGUGACCAGCCCCACGUCUGGCAUGAAGAGGCUGAGUCUCAUGGAUCAGGUGUCUGGAGUUGAGGCCUUCCUGCAGGCUGGCCAGCCCCCAGACCCACACCGGGGGGCCAAAGUCAUCCGCGCAGACCCACAGGGGGGACGCCGCCGACAUAGCUCUGAGACGUUCUCCUCAACCACCACUGUGACUCCCGUGUCUCCGUCCUUCGCCCACAACCCGAAGCGCCACAACUCGGCCUCUGUGGAAAAUGUCUCUCUCAGGAAAAGCAGUGAAGGGAGUGGCAGCGGUGUCCUUGGUGGGGGCGAUGAACCCCCUACGUCCCCUCGCCAGUUGCAGCCACCACUCCCCCAGCAGGCUCGGCCAUGGACACCAAGUCAGCCUGGGGGCCUGGUUGGCUGCCCUGGGGGCAGUGGCUCUCCAAUGCGCAGGGAGACCUCUGCUGGCUUCCAGAAUGGCCUCAACUACAUUGCCAUCGAUGUGCGGGAUGAGCCAGGACUAUUGCCAUCCCCGCAGCAACACCCGCAUUUGCAUUCGCAUCCGCAUCCGCAGCCAGGUGACAAGAGUGCCUGGGGCCGGACCCGUAGCCUCGGGGGUCUCAUCAGCACUGUGGGGGCCAGCGGCACCGGUGGGGUGUGUGGAGGGCCAGGCCCUGGAGCCCUACCCUCCAACACCUAUGCCAGCAUUGACUUCUUGUCCCAUCACCUGAAGGAGGCCACCAUUGUGAAAGAGUGAAGAUCUGCCUGGCUUCAUCACCACGACAUCACCCAUCAGAGAAUCACUUCAAAAGAAGAGGCUCAGCAUUUUUUUUUUCUUUUUUUUUUUUUUUAAUUUGAAGCUGCUUACAAUGUUUCUUUUGGAUCUGAGCAUUUCCUUUGUUUUAAACAUCUGUGGCUGUGUUAGACACGGAACCAGCAAGGCAAGAACACCCGCCGCGCUCACCGUGCCUGUGGUGGGCAUCCACGCGUGUGCUGUGCGUGCUGGUUUCGUCUUGUUUUUUUUUAACACAGUUUGCCGAAGACGUAAUCAUCAAGAAAAUUGGAUGUUUUCAUUGGCCUUUUAAAUCGCGGCCAGUGUCGUUAAUUUCUUCUUACGUUCAUUUUGGCAAAGCCAAUUUGUCCCUCGGCAUGCUAGGAGAUUCUACCAGUGCCCAAUAAAGGGGUAAAAUCUGGUGUUUACUGGCAUACACUCAAAACUACCACAGUCCUACCUCAGUUCCAGGUGAAGCCGGAUUUGUGUGGUUGGGGGCCGGCAGGACCCCUGUGUCUCUGUGCUCAGUGGGGCGCAAGUGUGGCCGUCAGCCUUAGAAACUGGUUCCGGGACAUCGCUGCUUGUUGGACUCCAAUCCAGGUACCUGCGUGUUUACUCACAGACAGAGCCCAGUGUGGGACUGACAUUUCUCAAUGGAAAUGAAAUUCGAGACUGGACUUUGAAGAUGAAUUAAUAAAUAAUAAUUCUAUGUAACUGAAGCAGCCUACUUUUGAAAAUCAUCAACUGU